UUCCCCAGUCACGUGAUCUUCGUAAAGUACCGGAAGUGAAUUUUCGUUCAUUUGGGUCUGAAGCUUAUUGAGUUGCUACGCGGUUCCGGUGUUCUGUCAGAGGUUGAGAGUUUCGGGCCAGAGGGUGAGAAAGAAGCGAUUCGGUUUUGGACGGUAACCGCGCAACAACAAUGUCUUUUAUAUUUGACUGGAUCUAUAAAGGUUUCAGCAGUGUGCUCCAACUUUUAGGUUUGUACAAGAAAUCUGGAAAAUUAGUGUUCCUUGGUUUAGAUAAUGCUGGCAAGACAACACUGCUACAUAUGCUAAAAGAUGACAGAUUGGGGCAGCAUGUUCCCACACUACAUCCGACGUCAGAGGAAUUGACAAUUGCUGGAAUGACUUUCACAACGUUUGAUCUUGGUGGACAUGCACAGGCACGAAGGGUUUGGAAGAAUUACCUCCCAGCUAUAAAUGGAAUUGUCUUCCUAGUGGACUGUGCAGAUUUGUCACGCCUUGCUGAAUCUAAAAUUGAGCUUGACGCACUGUUGACAGAUGAGACAAUUUCAAAUGUGCCAAUCCUUAUUCUGGGCAACAAGAUUGACCGGGCAGAAGCAAUUAGUGAAGAGAAACUCCGGGAAAUCUUUGGUCUAUAUGGUCAAACAUCAGGAAAGGGCAAUGUGCCAUUAAAGGAAAUGAAUGCAAGGCCUAUGGAGGUGUUCAUGUGCAGUGUGCUAAAGAAACAGGGAUACGGUGAAGGCUUUCGUUGGCUUUCACAGUAUAUUGACUGAUCUCUUUACACAUUGUAUCAUUUUGGACUGAGAUGGUUCCUGACUUCAACAAUUUUUGUACAAGGACAUGGAAAAAUAUACUUUUACCCAAAUCGGAAGAUGUUAUACUUUUGAUAUAUAAUUACCCCUUUAAAAUUUUACCAGUACUCAAAUAGCUACCUGUUUGCUGUGAUCUGCUGCAAUAUAUUUGCAACACAAUUUAAAGCGCCUCAAAGUAUUUUCAGCUUGUACUUUAGUAUUGGUCAGAUGCUUUUUAAAGUCUUUUAUUUAGAUUUAUUUUUAAUUCUUCAUAAACCGUUUAUCCAAUGUGAACAGUGUUCCUUCUGAUGCUGUGUAACAUUUGUUACUUUCACAUAACACUUUGAAACAUUAUUUCAAUUUUCUGGUAAGCCAGUGCAGGGAGGUGGGGGCAGGAUGCCAUGACCAGGUCAAAGUUGCAGAAGCUUGCAAAUACACAUGCUUAAAAAGAAUGCAUGCAUUAUUAAUGAGCGGACUGUUUUUGAAUUUUGUAAUAGCAUGUGUAUUUACAACCUGUGUUAGUUAAACCGUUUAAAAAAUAAAUAAAUACAAAAUUACAUUAUGUAGCUCAUUGUCUCUUUAAUUGUUGUAAUGAGUUUUUAAUUCUUAAUCAUAUUAACUGGAAAUGGAAAUUUGGUAGCAAUAAAUAAUGCCUUCUGUCUGGUUGAACAAACCUCCUCCCUCCCCCCUAAAAAACCCACCCAAACAGCUUAAAGAAAAAGGGAUUCUCCUGCAUCUUUCUUACCUGCAGCUGUGUUUUUACCCUUGCAUGACAACUAAGCCCUAAUAAGCCACUUUUGAGAGCUGGAUUUAUUUGUUGGCUUUCUGAAGUAAGAAGUACUGUUGAAUGGUCAUAAAGCGGAAAGGUUUUGAAGUGAAUCAGGCUGUACUCUUGCUUUGUAUUGACCCAUCCUAGCAGACGUUAACCAUUCAUGUUUCACAGAUAAUGUGUUAUUGAAUCAAAUAUUGAAUCAAAAAAGCAAUGGGCUUUUUUUUCUAUAGUUGCUGGUCAAGGUACAGCUGGUGUCUUUAAACCUUAUCCUAUUUUGUGUGGAAGAAUAAUUUUACUAGUUAUUUUUAGAUGAUGUGUUUAAAGAAUGAAAUGUGUUUAAAAAAAUCAGUGCAGUAUGAUCAGCACUGGUUAUAUUUACCUUCUGCUAUAUUUACACUAAGUUUACAUGCUUUUAUUUUUGCAGCAUAUUAAGGAUAAUUGGUGAGUGGGGGAUUGUUUUAUUUUUCAUGUAAACUAGCUAAACUAUAUUGUAUGUACUGUACAUGUUAAUGUAGAUAAAGAAUUUUGCAUUUGCAGGGCAACUAUUUGAAAUUUGCCUACAGUUCACUAACCAAUAUUCAACAGAGUUAGUUGGGGUGUGGUAAGUAUUUUUUGAAUAUGAACUACCAUCAACCUAUGAGUUGCUUCUGGUAGUAUAUGAGAAUUCUUAUGGCACACCAUCCAAGACUCAACAAUCAUAGCUUUAUGUGUGCACUAAGAGCAACUAUCAUAUCCCAUGUGUUUUUUGGCAAAUUUGUAAAUACUUACUAAAUGAUGACUUGGAUUUCAGGACUUCUAAUGUCUUGGUAUUACAGAUCCCCCUCAGCUGAACAUAUAAUAUACUCUGACCAGCAUGCCACUUAGGAAAAGUGGUUUCAGCUUUUGAAGGUUUAUUCAAGAACUUAAUGUAUGGGUCAGUCAGCCCCAAUAGAAUAAGUAUCGAUGAGUCAGUCCACCCCAAAAACAUUAACACAUUUUUUACUAUUACAGCUAUCAUGUUAAAAUUUUUAAGCACACUGUAUAUUGAAGAAAAUGUGGUUCUAGAAUAGUCAUCUAGUGUUUUGAUGCACUGUCGAAUGAAUGGAACAUGUCUGUUUGUUUAUGCAGUGAUUUAGUGCUGGAUCAGACCCCAUAAUUGAUAACGACUCAACGGUUGUGGAAGAGCACAUCCUAUCUUCCAGAUCAGAAAUAGAUGGGAAGGAAUUCCCACUUGGAUCCUAAUACAUCUUGCAUUCAUUAAUUUUGUAAUGUGAAUCCCUGUUGAGUUAUUUCUGUUUGUGUCGUUUUCUAAAUAUAAUUAAAAAAUAAAAUAUGGUAUUCAGUUUU